AUGGAACUAGAGGAAAUCACACCAUCCUCAAAGCCUCAUCCACCUGUUGUGGGCAAAGUGACUCAUCACAGCAUCGAGUUAUACUGGGAUCUGGAAAAGCGAGCGAAACAGCAAGGACCUCAGGAGCAGUGGUUCAGGUUCUCAAUUGAAGAAGAAGACCCCAAAAUGCACACUUACGGUAUCAUUUAUACGGGAUACUCAACAAAGCAUGUUGUAGAAGGUCUGGAACCACGAACACUGUACAAAUUCCGACUGAAGGUCACCAGCCCCUCUGGAGAAUAUGAGUACAGCCCAGUGGUCUCCGUAUCUACCACCAGAGAACCCAUAAGUAGUGAGCACUUUCACCGAGCUGUCAAUGUGAAUGAUGAAGAUUUGCUGGUUCGAAUACUUCAAGGAGGAAAUGUUAAGGUUGAUGUUCCCAAUAAGUUUGGCUUUACUGCUCUGAUGGUCGCUGCCCAGAAAGGCUACACCAGGCUUGUGAAAAUCCUCGUCUCUAAUGGCACAGAUGUGAAUCUGAAGAACGGAAGUGGCAAGGACAGUCUGAUGCUUGCAUGUUACGCGGGACACCUAGAUGUUGUGAAAUAUCUCCGAAGACACGGCGCUUCCUGGGAGACCAGAGACCUAGGAGGCUGCACGGCUCUGCACUGGGCUGCAGAUGGAGGCCACUGCAAUGUGAUCGAGUGGAUGAUAAAAGAUGGCUGUGAGGUAGAUGCUGUGGACACGGGCUCAGGAUGGACCCCACUCAUGAGAGUCUCUGCAGUCUCCGGAAACCAGAGUGCAGCCUCUGUGCUGAUCGAAGCUGGAGCGGACGUGAACAUGAGAGAUAAAGAUGGAAAGACCCCGCUCAUGGUUGCCGUGUUAAAUAAUCACGAGGAGUUAGUCCAGUUACUUCUUGACAAAGGAGCAGAUGCAAGUGUAAAAAAUGAGUUCGGCAAAGGUGUCCUAGAAAUGGCCAGAGUUUUUGACAGACAGAAUGUGGUCUCCUUAUUAGAAGAAAGGAAAAGAACCCAAAUGGCAAAGAAGUAG